GGUCUUGGCGCAGUCCAUAUGGCCUUCUUCACGUUACUGUACAGUAUCAUUUACGUUUAUUGCAUGCGCAUCUCCAGUCAGCUGUUCACUUCCGAGGCCGCUAGGGAGCGCUGCUCCACUUCCCAGCUGACAGGCAGGCAGGCAGGCAGGCAGCGCUCUCCAUCUUCCAGGCGGACUGACAGGAGCGCAACAACAGUCUGCCUGACUCCCCGGCCGCAUCGCACCUCUGUCCCGCCACACUGUGCUACUUUCGCCGCUUCCUUUCAAGAGGAUAAAGAAGGGGUUCUCUGUGAAAUAAACGCCUGAAUGGGGAGGUUUAAGUUGGAUGUAUCCUCCAUGUUGGUAUGUCUUAACUAAGUUUCCUUGUCUCACUCGCUGAGCAAAACAGGUAAGGAGAGGAGCGGAACUUUCAGGGGACCCUUUUCUUGUAGCGCGCUGGUUUUAACCCAGGAGGUCACAUCUGCCACCGACUCCGUUUCUCUGAAGCCCGGCUGCGGAGGUGGAUGGUAUGGUAUAACUUUUCCCGCUCCAGUCGAACCUGAGCGGCCGGUGUGAGAGAGAGGAGCCGUUUUAUGGUAGUGGAGAGGGGAUGCGAGCCUCUCCUGCGUCUCGGAUAGCGGAGCGGCUAUGAGGAGAGAGGUUCACCUGCUGGGCUAACAGAACAAGACCACACUGCACCAACAGAAUGCGGGAACGGGGUCCUUGCAUUUGUGGAGUAGGUCUGUGGAGUCUACUGCUGUCCCUCUGUCUGGCCUCCCUCACACAUGCACACAGGAGCCACACAGUGCAUGUGAAGGCAGGGACGUGUGAGGUGAUCGCUGCCCAUCGCUGCUGCAACAAGAAUAAAAUCGAGGAGAGAUCUCAGACUGUCAAAUGUUCAUGCUUCCCUGGACAGGUUGCUGGCACCACCCGGGCCAUGCCCUCCUGUGUUGAUGCCUCCAUUGUAGCCCAGAAGUGGUGGUGUCAGAUGCAGCCAUGUAUGGAAGGUGAGGAGUGUAAGGUUCUCCCAGACCUCACAGGAUGGAGCUGCAGCACAGGCAACAAAGUCAAGACCACAAAGGUGACCCGAUAGUCAUACCCGUCUCAAGAGGAGCAGAACAAAAUGGUGGUGGAGUCACUUACACAGCACAAUGGACCAAUGGUGAGGAAACACACUCAGAUGGACUUCUAUGAGGAACCAGUAAAUGUUUCAUUUUUUUCGAAGAUACAGUGGCUGAAGAGACAGGACUCUGACACCAUUCCAUUACCUUAAACACAACUGAGAGUCCUUGGUCCUUUACUGCAGUGGACUGCAUCACCCACAAUCCUUUACUGCUACUACAAACAACAACAACGUCAACAAAGUGAACUAUGAAACAGCACUGGAUUAAAUGACAAAAAACAAGUUUCUUUACAACAAUCUGUACUCUUCAUCUCUCUUCUAUGGCUUAGUUGUGUUCCAUAUGCAUACUUGGAAUAAAGGGGAUCUGGAUUUUAAAACUAUCCUACAUUACAAACGUCUACUACAAGAAAAAAAUAAUAAUAAAAAAAAGGAGAGGAUCCAGAAUGGCUUUCUCAUGUAGUCUGGAUGACACAUUUAAAAUUAACUGUGCCACAUAUGAAACACUUGAUGCUGUCAAAACAUUUCUCAGAUCUCAAACCGAACCUUUUCUUUGAUCAGAUUUCACCUCCAUGAUGAUAUUUUACCUUGAAUAGUUUGUGGCUUCCCACAUGCCAUUUUUUAAAAUGGGGAGACAGUUUGUCAGUCUUCUUUUUUCUUUUGU